UUUUAUGCCUUUUCCUGUUUCUGAUUUUUGUACGCGUUGCACUUCUGUAUCGGGUCUCAUGGGUUGGUGGGGAAGUUGAGAAAUUUUUGAGAAAUUUGAUUGUUUUCUCUUUAAUGUUUACCCAUAGAAAUCAUGCGAAGCAAUCUAUCUGCAUAAGAUGGGAAAUUGGUUCGGUAUUAGAUUGAAAAAUGAAUUAAAUUUUGUUUUUCUUCCCCCACAAAGUUGGAGAGGCAAAAGCUUUGGGGCUAUCUUAUUUUUCCUAACUUUCUUUUUCAAGAAUUCGAAUUAUACAAGAAUUGCGAGAGAUCUUUCAUGGGUUUAUGCCAUACCUUCUUCUUCUUCUUUUUUUUCCCCCUGCAAGGUUGUGGAUCAUCGCGCUCAAACUAUUAUAUUUAAAUUGUUCUAGUGGUGGUGUAUGAACUGCUUAAUUGGAAUGUUUUUAGCUGAAGAUUCAAAUGGAGGACUUGGACCGUGACUUUUUAAGUGAUCUGCCUCAAAGUAUCAUAGAAACCAUACUGACAAAGCUGCCAAUUAGAGAUGCUGUAAGGACAAGCAUUUUAUCAAACAGGUGGAGGUAUAAAUGGGCCUCCAUGACUCAUCUUGUGUUUGAUGAUAGAAGUGCGACCCAGUUCAAUGACAGAAUGGUUGUUGAGGACAGAAUUGUGAAUUUUAUAACCAGAUUUUUGUUUCUUCAUGAUGGUCCAAUUCACAAGUUCUCUCUAUCUAGCUCGUUCUUGCAGAGCUCUCCUGAUAUUGAUCAGUGGCUCCUCUUUAUUUCUCGAAAGGAUGUCAAAGAGUUGAUUCUUGAAUUAGGAGAAGGUGAGUGGUUUAGGGCACCCUCUUGUGUUUUUUCUUGCAAGAAUCUGAUGCGGUUAGAGCUUGUUCGGUGUGAAUUGGACCCUCCACCAAACUUUAAAGGUUUCUUGUGCUUGAAAUACCUUAAUCUUCAGCAAGUUUUGAUUCCCCCAGAUGAUAUUGAGUGUCUCAUUUCAAGUUGCCCCCUCCUUGAGAGUCUGACAUUGUCAUACUUUGAUAGCUUAGAGCUGACUGUCCGUGCUCCAAACCUCAAAUACUUGAUUUUGGAAGGUGAAUUUAAGGAUUUAUGUCUUGCAAACACCCCACUUUUGAUUGCUAUAUCUGUUGCUAUGUACAUGACUGAUGACAUAGCGGAACACUUUGAACAAAGCUCGAGCUGCAAUUUUGACAAGUUUCUUGGUGGUGUACCCGAGCUUGAGAGGCUGAUUGGGCAUAUAUACUUCACAAAGUAUCUAAGUAUAGGCAAUGGCCAAAGACGCAGUCCAAUUACUUAUCACCAUUUAAAGUUCAUUGAGUUAUAUCAAGUUAGCUUUGACGAUGUAAAAGAAGUUCUGGUUGUGCUUCAGCUGAUCGUGAAUUCUCCGAACCUGAAAGCACUGCAAAUCUCUGGUUCCUCAAAUACAUCUGCUGCAACACAAGCUCCUGACUUGCAAUUUUGGGAUGAAAAGUUUUCUACUGAUUGCAUGCUUCGCCAGUUGAAAACUGUGAAGUUGACUGAUGUGUCUGGCGUGCCACACGAAAUGAAAUUUAUCAAAUUUCUACUUGAACAUUCACCUAGUCUUGAAGAAAUGAGCAUAACACCUAGUUUGUACGUGACAGAGGGCAGAUUGAAUAUGUUGAUAGAUUUAGUGUGCUUUAGACGGGCUUCUCCACAAGCAUCGAUCGUUUUUAUUCAUGAACCAGCAUGAGAUGUGCUGCAAUUUAUACAUCAAAAUCCAUUUUCCCAUUGGUCUUCUCAUGCGGCAUGAAGAUUCACAGAACACGAGGAAGGCUUCCAAGAUUCAAAUUUCCAACUCGAAUGUCACUGUCCUGUAUUUUCAUGGAAACUCACUGAGUUAGCUCCUCUAUGUUUUUUUUUUUUUUUCUUUCUGAAUACUGUAUAUUUUGUACAGAAUCUAUUCUUGCAGGUGAUUGAAAGAGAGAGGCUGAAGCCAUACUGAUUUCUCUGUAUAACACUGUUACUUCUACACUUUUACCAGAGUGAACCUCACUGGUUUUUCAAAAUGGCAUGUGAACCAUGCCUGUAAAA